AUGACCAUGGAUACCCCCGACCAGGCCAAAAUCAGAGCCGAAAGGGCGUGUACCUCUCCUCUCUGGGUCAAUGGCGUGCCGCAGAUCAUCAUCUUCUGUGAUAGAUCACGCAAGUGGGUUGUACUUCGCAAUCCCUGGGCCAACAACGUCGACAACGUGGACAACCAGGAGAGAGCAGCUGCCGGUUCCGCUGCCGCUCCCAUGCCCUUUGGCUUCACAUCGCAGUCGGGCUUCGGUGUCCGGUCGUGGAGCUACAAGAAAGUUUACUCCGCCGCUCACGUUGAAUCCGGCGCCCUCGCACAAUCUCUUGAUGUCGCCCUUCAGCUCGUGGAGCACCAUCGUCCUGAACCAGCCAUAAUCGAGCUAUUUACCGACUCACAGGAGUGCUGGCACCGUAUCGACCGCGGACUGCACCACAAGGCUUGGCGGUUUUCGGUCAAACAUAUCUCGCCAAUUAUGCGGGCAAUCGUUUGGAUGUCUUACCAUCUGAAAGAGUUGGGUGGUGAACUGAAAGUCCAUUGGAAUCCCCGGAGGCGCUACAAGGACGAUCAUCAGCAGGCUAUUAACAGACGCAAAUCCCCGCGUGUGGGUGGCAGUGGCGGCGACAGCCAAGAGACCAAUUACGCCAGCCAAACCAGCUCACAAGCCAAGCGUCGCAAGACGAAAAAGGUCUCCUUCAAAUCGAAGAACGUCAUUAGAGAUUCAGAGGAACCGACCAACGAUGAAAACGACAAUGAGGAGGACGAUUAG